AUGGCAGACUCAGAGGACAUUCAGCCCCUUGUGUGCGAUAAUGGAACUGGAAUGGUUAAGGCUGGUUUCGCUGGAGACGAUGCUCCAAGGGCUGUGUUCCCAAGUAUUGUAGGUCGUCCACGUCACACUGGUGUGAUGGUUGGAAUGGGCCAAAAAGAUGCUUAUGUAGGAGACGAGGCCCAAUCCAAGAGAGGUAUUUUGACUCUAAAGUACCCAAUUGAACAUGGAAUCGUCAACAAUUGGGAUGACAUGGAGAAAAUAUGGCAUCACACCUUCUACAACGAGCUCCGUGUCGCCCCAGAAGAACACCCUGUUCUCCUAACCGAAGCCCCAUUGAAUCCCAAAGCCAAUCGUGAAAAAAUGACACAAAUCAUGUUCGAAACAUUCAAUGCCCCUGCCAUGUAUGUCGCCAUCCAAGCCGUUCUUUCCCUGUAUGCUAGCGGUCGUACAACCGGUAUUGUUCUUGAUUCAGGGGACGGUGUGAGUCACACGGUCCCCAUCUACGAGGGUUACGCCCUGCCACAUGCCAUCCUCCGGUUGGACUUGGCUGGGCGUGACCUGACAGACAGUCUGAUGAAGAUCCUUACGGAACGUGGGUAUUCAUUCACGACCUCAGCGGAACGCGAAAUUGUAAGAGACAUGAAAGAAAAACUGGCGUAUAUCGCCCUUGACUAUGAGCAAGAGCUUGAGACUUCUAAAACUAGUUCUUCUGUUGAGAAGAGUUACGAGCUGCCCGACGGGCAGGUUAUUACCAUCGGGGCAGAGAGAUUCCGUUGCCCGGAGGUGUUAUUCCAGCCUUCGUUGAUCGGAAUGGAAGCUGCGGGUAUUCAUGAGACUACGUAUAACUCGAUCAUGAAGUGUGAUGUGGAUAUCAGGAAAGAUUUGUAUGGAAACAUUGUGCUUAGUGGUGGGACCACCAUGUUCCCGGGGAUUGCCGAUAGGAUGAGCAAAGAGAUCACCGCCCUGGCCCCCAGCAGCAUGAAGAUUAAGGUGGUGGCACCGCCGGAAAGGAAGUACAGUGUCUGGAUUGGAGGGUCUAUUCUUGCAUCACUCAGUACUUUCCAGCAGAUGUGGAUUGCGAAGGCGGAAUAUGAUGAAUCUGGUCCUUCGAUUGUUCACAGGAAGUGUUUCUAGUUUGUGCAAGUGAAGGAAAAAGGUGUAUUGAAGAAGAUAUUCAACGUUUAAUUUUCACUUGUUACAUGUCGUUUAUGUCAUCAUAAAUGUUGUUUUUAAGUUUUAUUUUUUGGUGAAUGGUGAUGUUGGGUUGAGAACAAGCAAGACGAUUAUUGUAACUUUCACAAUUCUUUCAUUUCAAUCUCAUAUUAGAAGCGGUAUAUUAAUAUCAUCAACUAUUUCUUUCACAUCCUAUUUAUAUUUUAUUAAUCAUAGUAAUGGUAUCGGACUAUGUUGCUU